AUGGCUUCCUUGUGUGGCGACAAGGUGACUCACACGCAUCUACGGCUUCAAAUGAUUCCUCUGGGGAUUUUCGCUGUGGCACUUUCGGUAUCAGCAAAUCAAAUCGACCCUCAAAUUAACCAAAUCGGCUGCGGUGAGUCGGAGCCGGUAGGAAGGGUGUACAAUGGCAAGCCAAUCAGAAGAGAGAGCAUCCCGUGGAUUGUGUCUCUUGAGCUUGAUUAUGGUCGCAUGGGGAUAGCUGGAUGUGGAGGAAUCGUCAUUACAAGAAACGUCGUCUUGACAGCGGGACACUGUUUGCUCGGAGAACGACGACAUCCUGAAAGAGUCAAUGUAUGGUUCAACUCUACAAUGCUUUAUGGCGGUACUUUAGUGCCAGCAGAUAUUGUGACGGUGCAUCAAACAUUUGAAAAGCAGUUAGAUAUUGUAUAUGACAUCGGACUCCUAAAG